UAAAAAGUGACACUAUUUUUUAUUGACACCUAAAAUGAUCAAAGCGUUGUACUUUUGGUUUUAGCAUCGUUAUUCCAUCCAACAGGACCGAUGCAUAGAGAAAUCACCGCCAUUUUUGAUUCUUCUGCGUUCACCGUUUUCCGGAGCAGCGGAAAUCUGAAUCUCGAUCAGCUAUACUUGAGAAUUGUUCGAUCAAACAUAUAAUAAAGAAAGCUAAACAUGCUAAGAAGCAUUCUCCACUGGCGUUCCUCCCUACCCCUCCAUUCCACCCUAAACCCCAUAAACCCUUCAUCAACUUUGGAUUUCUCAACAAUACCAUCUCAAUUUUCCCCCUUUUUUCGCUAUUUCUCGAAUUCAAAUCAAAAUCAAGAUGAAACAUACAGGGACCCCGACGCCCCACCCCGGUUGUUCGUUGUACAGCCAAGGCUCCGGCCUCAAACCCAUUUAAAGGUGAAGCUGGAGGAGGCGUUGUGUCUUGCUGAUUCUCUCGAGCAGCAGCGUGAUGAGUUCAGUGACAUGAAGUUUCCAGACAAAGAAAUGCCGCCGCAUCUUGUAGUCCAAAACCCCGCUGCCAAGUCACCUCGGGCCGAUACAUAUUUUGGACUUGGGACAGUGGAAACAAUUAGGUGUCACAUAACUAAUUUGGAAGAAAAGGAAGAGGUGGAUGCCAUUUUUGUCAAUGCUACUCUUAGGGGUAUUCAACAGCGGAAUUUGGAGAGGGCCUGGGGCAAGCCUGUUCUAGAUCGUGUUGGGCUCAUAAUACAAAUUUUUAAUGCUCAUGCUCAGACCAAGGAAGCUAAAUUACAGGCUGAGUUAGCAGCUCUGAUGUGCAAAAGAAGCACGCUUGUCCGAGUUCGUGGGCCUGAUGGACGUCAUACAUUUGGGGGAUUUGGGGGAUCUGGAGAAAUAGAAGUUGUUAGUGCUAGAGGGAGAGCAAGCGGAGGGCGUGGUUUUAUCAGUGGUGCAGGAGAGACUGAAAUUCAGCUUCAGAGGCGAAGAAUCUUGGAACGGAAGCAGAAGUUGUUAACUGAAAUUGCUGAUGUUAGAAGAACUCGAGCCAUGCAGCGUGCUGCACGGAAAAGGGAUGAAAGGUUACCGGGACAAGAAAUCCCCACUGUUGCUUUAGUUGGCUAUACAAAUGCUGGAAAGUCUACAUUGGUUAGCAGACUCUCAAACAGCUAUCUUUAUUCCGAUGAUCGAUUGUUUGCAACAGUUGAUCCUAAAUUAAGAAGUGUUAAGCUUCCAUCUGGGAGAAAAGUACUGCUUAGCGACACAGUUGGGUUUAUCUCAGAUUUGCCUGUUCAGCUAGUGGAAGCAUUUCAUGCAACAUUGGAAGAGGUUAUCGAAGCUGACCUCCUUGUGCAUGUACUGGACUCAAGUGCUCCAAAUCUUGAUGAAAAUCGGGAAUCUGUAAUGGAAGUUCUUAGGAAGAUCAAUGUGCCUGAAGAGAAGCUCCAAAACAUGAUUGAAGUUUGGAAUAAGGUUGACCUUCUGGAGGAGAACUCUGAGAUGUGUAAACUUGAUGAUGGACAACACUCUAGCAGUUUGCCUGAUGAAAAAGAUGUUGAUAUCGCUUGCGAUCAAGUUACUGCUCUACGUGAUGAUAACCAAGAUAUAGAUUGUAAGGACUCCGGGGAUCUUGAAGAGGACAUUUAUCACGAACAAACUGAAGAUGAGCAAGAAUCCCGGCUUAGCUACGAUGAUUGCUCCAACAAUACUGUCAACAGCCAGUUUUCAGGUGAAGGGGAGGCAGCUAUUGCUGCUGAUAUAAGUUCGGGAUUUCAAUCAGAAUCCUCGAUGCUUGUCAAAACAUCUGCUGUAACUGGAGUUGGUCUACAACAACUGCUCGAGCUGAUCGACAAGAAGCUAAAGCCGUGUGAAGUGGUAGAAAGGAGUAGUUUCUUCCACCAAAAGUGGAGACCACCGCGUCGGGAAGAUAGCGAGGUUGCAAUCCAACAAUAGGAUUGCCCUGCCCACUUUGGUUGGAUUUUGGUACACAAUCUUUUGGCAUACAAUAUUUGGUCAUAACUCUUGUAACUGCUGCUUUUGGACUUCCAUUGUAUCACUUUUGAAGUACCUUGUAAAUUCAUUUUUAUGAAAUUUUGUUAAUUAAUAAGAAGAAUCAUUGCCUAGAA